AUGCAGCAAAAUAUUAAAAUAGAAUUCAUAAAGUCGGUUAACUCUAUAAAGAAUAAAAUAAAACAAAUGAAGCACCAGGAACACUCGAUGAACUUGUCACUCGAUAAAGUGCUAAAACCUGUAACAGAUCCUCUUAAGACCUUAGUCGAUUCGAAUAUAACUUGGGAAAAAAUUAAAAAUGUUGAAAAUAAAACACUCGCUAAUUCUGAAGACAUCGAAUCUGAUGAUAUUAACACAAGCACAUCUACAAAUUUUGAAGAUUCUUACAAUCCAGAUCUGAAUUCUGCUCAAUUCAUUGACACUCCUAAAAAAAAGUUGACCGAUGAUUUAGAAAUGUCUUUAAAGGGUGAUGAUAUCUGCGGUAUUUAUGAAGAAAUCAACAUACCGUUCGGUAUUAGAAGUAAAAAGAAGAUUUUAUUGAUGGAAGAAAAUGCUCAAAAUUCAGAGGUGCUUGGUAAGCGCCAGAGAAAGCCGGUAGAAAGAUUCGGCUAUUCCAAUCUCUGCAUUGUAGAUGAGCUGGAAUCAUGUGGUGAAGAACUGAGCUAUGGAACAGCAAUGAAUGGACAGGAGAAGGAACUGUGGGAACAGGCGAUGACAGAAGAUAAUCAACCAUGGGAAUUCGUCGACAGAAAAGAAGCUGAUAGAGUAGUGCAGUGUGAAACCAGUGUUGCCGAAUCUAACCAGUGUUACCGACUUCAAAUUAGUGCUGCCAACUUGAAGCAAGUGUUGUUAACUCAAAACCGGGGUUGCCAAAUUCAACUUAGGGUUACCAAUAAUAAACCAGUAUUACAAACACUGAUCCAGUAUACCAAGCAAAAACAUUUCAAUAUGGAACGACAAAUGGAUGCUUUUUGGCAAAAAAAGAAACAAGAAAUGUCAGCACAAACGCGGGAGAUAACCGAAGCCGUCACCAAAAAAGUAUCCGAGAGUAUCAAUGAAAAAUUAACUACUCUUGUGAAAGAAAAUAAUAACUUGAAGACUGAAGUCAAGAGCUUACAAGACAAGAUAAAGUUAAUGGAAGAUCACAAAAGAAAAAACAACAUUAUUUUCUUUGGUAUGCAAGAAGAACAGAACAAUAAGUCCCCAAUCGACUCCAUCACAAAACUGCUAGAAAAAUAUAUGAACAUUCAUAUCAACCCUCAAGAAAUAAACAACGUCUACCGACUAGGAGCAAAACAAGAUAACAAACCUCGCCCCAUCCUGGUAACGUUUACAACAAAUUGGAGGAAAAAUGAAAUUCUCAAAAACAAAAAGAAACUGGAUCAUGAAAUAUACAUCAAGGAAGAUCUCAGCAAAGAAAUCUUAGAGAAAAGGAAAGAGCUUCUUCCUCAGCUACAGGAAGAAAAGGCAAAAGGCAAAAUCUGUUACUUUGUCAAAGAUAAAAUUGUCAUAAAGGAGUCGAAAGAUGACAAAAGAGAUAAGAGGAAAAGAGACUGCAGCACUUCACCUAAUAACCAACCCACGUUGGCCCCAAAAAAGAUUAACAAGACAAAUAAUAUGCUUAAUUAUAUGGUACGGGGCAGAUCCGCAUCACUGUCAACGCCCCCAACCACAAAAAACGAUCAAUAG